CUUCGGUCCAUCGGUUUUCAUCAAGCCCUGUAUCUACAGAUCCUCUCACUCUGUCUGUCAUCCGAUUCAGCAGCACGAUGUCCAGCUCUGACAAAGGUUUCGUUCAUACCGGUUCUGGUAUCAAUGAUCAGGGCAACCACUGGUGCUCUCGCGACCAUGGCACCGGAACUGACACCAACGGCCCAGGCCGCGGGGAUGCCUACCACUACUCGAACCGGGACGGAUCCUGGUACUAUAAAAAUCCCGACGGUAGUAGAUAUUUCAACAAUGGCAGGGGUCAGGGGUUUUACACGCCUCCUCCGGACAAGAAGUGAG